AGUUAGGAGCGGGAGGUAAACAGGCAGGGGGAAGGAAGGGUAGGGAAGGUGUUAGCUGGGCACUGAUGGCGGACACCAUAGCGGACACACGGAGGCUCUACACCAAGCCACAGAACCUCAACGAUGCCUAUGGACCUCCGAGUAACUUCCUGGAGAUCGACGUGGCCAAUCCCGAGACGGUCGGAGUCGGACGGGCGAGAUUCACCACCUACGAGAUCCGACUUAAGACCAACCUUCCGAUCUUUAAGCUGAAGGAGUCGAGCGUCAGGCGGAGAUACAGCGACUUCGAGUGGCUCAGAGGAGAGCUGGAGAGAGAGAGCAAGGUGGUCGUUCCUCCUCUGCCGGGGAAAGCCCUGUUCAGGCAGCUCCCAUUCCGGGGAGACGAUGGCAUCUUCGACGACUCCUUCAUCGAGGAGCGGCGGCAAGGCCUGGAGCAGUUCCUCAACAAAGUGGCCGGUCAUCCGUUGGCUCAGAACGAACGCUGCCUUCACAUGUUCCUUCAGGACGAAUCCGUGGAUAAAAGCUACACCCCUUCUAAAAUCAGGCAUGCCUGAUCCCGAUCCCGAUCCUGAACAUGAUCCUGU